UUGCAUGAAGGACAUAAAGAAGACGACGAAGAAGAUUUGUGUAACCCGGAAGUUAAAUACCAUAACAAAAAAAUUGCCGGGAAAUUGUCACUGUAGAAUCGGCUGGUCUUGUGGAAUUUAUAGAUUUUUUUUACAUUAAAAAUUGUAUGGGUCUUUGCGGCCAGUAGAACGACAUCUUGUGACAUGGAGGAAUACGAGGAGCUGUUGUACGAACAAGAUGACUUUGAGGAACAGUUCGCUGACGAAUUGGAGGUUUUGGCUGAGAUGGACGUGGAACCUCCCAAGCCAUUGGCACGUCAAAAUCAGCGCACAGGAGAUGACAUCGCAGAUAUAGAACACCUCCUGGAUGAUCAGCCAACCACUCCAAAAGCAAAGAGGCAGAAGCAGGAAACAGGGGUGGUCAAGCGCCUUUUCUCUCAAAAGAGCAAACCCCCACCUCAGGGUACUGACAUCACACCCCCAUCGUCUCCAGAGCAAUACGAACCCUCUCAAACCCUCAGGUCGGCGUCUGCUUCUUUGGAUAUCAGUGGAUUCGCUACAAUCCCAGAAACACCUGUCCCAGCCCCAUCUGUGGUUCCACCAUCACUGCACGUGCUCAGGCGACCUCCAUUACAGGGAGACUUUAUCACUGUUACAGACUCAUCAGGAACACGGGUGUACCUGCGACAGAAGGAAGACACCGGGCCAAAGAUAGUGGACUCCAGAAUGGCUCCUAACUUCCAGGGCUCACUGGGUCUGCUGGCAGUGCCAAUAAAUGUCCUGAGAGAGCAGGAAGCAGAGAGGCGCCAUCAGCAGGUCGUGGAGGAAUCUCAGAGGCUCACGGAGCUGCUGACCAGUGUUAACAACGUGAUUGUUGAGCCUGAACUGGAAGAAGAAGAAGAAGAAGAGAGCAGCAAAGGUGUAGAUGACGAUGGUCAAACCUCUCGUCUGUGGGUCGACAGAUUUUCACCUCGACAGUACACCGAGCUCCUGAGUGAUGAUUUUACAAACCGCUGUCUGCUCAAGUGGCUGAAACUGUGGGACACAGUUGUGUUCGGAAAAGAGAGAAAGAUCCGGGCUCCCCGCACGGACAGACAGGCUCCCAAUCAACACACUUUCAAACCAAACCAGAGCAACCAGAAUCCAAACCGCUUCAAAACCAAGAUUGAGAUGACGGAGGAGAUUCUGGACGCUGAACUGGACCAGUACAAACGACCCAAAUAUAAGGUGGCGUUGCUGUCUGGUCCUCCUGGUCUGGGGAAGACCACCCUGGCUCACAUUAUUGCAAAGCAUGCUGGGUACAAUGUGGUGGAAAUCAAUGCCAGUGAUGACCGCAGUGCUGAGGUCUUCCAGAAGCGCAUCGACAUGGCAACGCAGAUGAAGUCGGUGUUAGGAGCCAAUGAGAGACCAAACUGUCUCAUUAUUGAUGAGAUUGAUGGAGCUCCUGCUGCUGCCAUCAACAUUCUGUUAGCGACUCUGAACAGGAAGGACGGACCUGGAGCAGAAGCUGCUUCAGAGGCUGCAAAGAAGAAAAAGAAGAAGGAGUCCAUCCUGCUGCGACCAAUUAUUUGCAUCUGUAACGACCUUUAUGUUCCAGCUCUGAGGCCUCUCAGGCAGCAGGCCUUUCUCCUGGCCUUCCCUCAGACUCAGCCUUCUCGCCUGGCACAGAGACUGUCAGAGAUCUCACUUCGCCAGGGGAUGAAGACAGACACAGGCGCUCUGAUGUCACUGUGUGAGAAGACAGACAAUGACAUCAGGUCCUGUAUCAACACACUGCAGUUUCUUCACGGCCGCGGCUACAAACAGCUGGACACCAGGACCAUCCAGUGUCUAUCUGUGGGUCAGAAGGACCAGAACAAAGGCCUGUUUCAUCUGUGGCAGGAGAUCUUCCAGUUACCACGUACUAAACGGAAACGUUUUGGCGGGGGGUUUGAGGAGGCGCCAAGCUCAGGAGGAGGAGCUCAGAGGUUUCAGCACAUUCUGCAUUUGUCUUCAUCAAGUGGAGAAUAUGAAAAGGUUUCUCAGGGUCUGUACGAUAACUUUCUGUCCAUGCGUGUCAGAGACCCACACAUGCACAGUGUGUGUGACGCCCUGGAGUGGCUGGCCUUCUCUGACAGAUUGAACCAAAUGAUUCUCCACAAUCAGAAUUUUUCCCUGAUGAAGUAUCUGCCCUUCCUGUCCGUCACAUUCCACUUCCUGUUUGCCCACACACAUGUGCCACGCAUCAAAUAUCCUCACAGCCACCACGAGGCCACUUCCCGCCUCCUCACCAGCAGCUAUGCUCUUUCCUCCAUGUUGGCAGACAUCCCAGCAUGCAUCAGGAGCAGGAUCAGUACACUCACGCUGACACUUGAUAUUCUGACGCUUCUGCUCAACAUCAUCUGCCCCAAACUACGGCCUGUGAACCCACAGCUCUUCAGCAACAGAGAGAAGGAACAGAUGCACGAGCUGAUCAACACGAUGCUGGCCUACAACCUGUCCUACAGGCAGGACCGUACACUGGAGGGCCAGUACACAUACGUGCUAGAGCCGCGUGUUGAGGAGGUGGUGAGGUUUCCUGGGCUGCCCCCCCAUCGCCAGCUGACGUAUCAGGCCAAACAAACCAUCAGCAGAGAGAUGGAGCAGGAGAGGAUGAGGAGAGCAGAGCGGAUGAUGCUGCAGAGAAACCCUGCAGCGAGAGAGGAAGAGAAGAAGAGCAGUGGUCCUAAGGCCUCCAGUAACCAUCAGCAGAGGCUGGAGAACAUCGUCAAACAGACCACGGUGGAGACCAGGCCGGAGAAAGACUUCUUCGGCCGAGCCAUCGCACCCAAACCUGAGAGACUACAGCCGUCGUCACUCACAGGUACGACAGAGAUGAUGGAGUUACUUUGGUUAUGGAGGUUCUUUUAAGAGCUACGAGCUGAUCUCCAGGUGGGGAAAAGGCCUCCAGCUGCAGCACCCAGGGGGUGAUAACUGACAAGUGUUGUGCAACACUCCUAAUCCAGCACUCCUGUGGCAGACUGCAGGCCUGAGGAACUGGACUGUCAGCAGUGCUGCCAGCAUUAUGUUGGCCGUGUCAUAUUUCACUUGUCAACAGAAAGGAUUAGCCUCAGCAGGAUCCACACUCUGCUAACUCUUACUCAAACAUGAGCCAAGAGAAAAACAAAUGUCGUCCCCACCGUUCCCUUUGAAGCUCCUCAAAUCCAAGUCUGAGUUACGGUAGCUGCACAGACACAACAUGACAAAUGGACAACAGUUUUUUUCCACAGGUGUUUGGUUCAGAAACACAUACUUGGAAUUCAUUAAUUAAAGUGCACACAUUAAAACAUUUUUUCAAAAAAACAGUGCUCCCAGGAAAUUAAAAGACCAGAGCAGAACAGGUGAGUGAUUUUUAGGUUAAAAUGGAAAUCUCAUCAGUGUCGACCAAAAUAGGCUGAGCUCUAAAUCCCUGCCCUGAUUUCCCUGUUGGUUACCAAUUACAUCACUAUUUGAAGGGAGACGGUGCUGAUGGAUGAAUUGAAGACUGUUUGAAAGGAUGGAGAUAUGACUUAUUCCAUCAAAGACACACAUUUACACAAAUCAAUAAUAAACCAUGGAUAUUAAUACAAAUGAGUUUAACAUAGAGCAAUGGUUUUGCA